UGAGAACUUUUUCGGGUUUUUCAAAUUUCGUGGGCUAUUCCUACCUUUCUCCGGAAGCACAAAUCCUCAUCUUUCCAUCAAAAUCAGGGUGGCAUUCUAGACUGGAGGUGUGAAGUUGAAUCUGCGAUUUGGUGCUUUCAAGCGAUUGUGGUUUUUCUGGGUCUUGUAGGUGGUUUUUUUCCGCAAUUGAGGAUUAGGGUUUCUUCUGACGAGUGGUCAAUCUGCUUUUUCUAUUGCUCUACGCAAUGGCUUCUGCCACUUUGAGGAGACGGCUUCAUCAUGGAGACGUGGACGGUAGGAGGUACGAAAAGUAUGACACGACCGGCGGCUCUGAAACCGAAAGUCUCAGCGAACCGUUAUUGGGAAGUAGUUGCCGUAGAGACGAGUUCAGUGAGGAUCGUACUCUUGAGGAAAUAUGGGAUGAAGAACAGAAGAGACAGCAAGUCCACUGGACCUUGAUAUUUUCUCAGCUGAUUGUGCAAUGGGCUCAAUGGAUAGCAAAUAUUGUCUUUGGAUCCGGAUCACUUGUCGGGAGGUUCUUGCCUCUGCAUGCUUUUAGUCGAGUUGGUACAGGUGGGAGGCUUCUACCAUCCACCCUUAGUCCUUUGCAGGAAGAAAGGUUGAAGAAUCUUCAGCGAAGACUAGAAGUCCCAUUUGAUGGAUCUCGAACUGAGCAUCAGGAUGCGCUUAGACAAUUAUGGCGGCUGGCUUAUCCACAUAGGGAACUCCCACCUCUCAAAUCUGAACUCUGGAAAGAAAUGGGUUGGCAAGGAACUGACCCUUCAACGGAUUUUAGGGGUGGAGGAUUUAUAUCACUGGAAAACUUAAUCUUCUUUGCCAAGACUUACCCGGAGUCAUUCCAGAGGUUGCUGCAUAAGCAAGAUGGAACAAGGUCCGAAUGGGAAUAUCCUUUCGCAGUUGCUGGCAUCAAUAUCUCGUUCAUGCUGGCACAAAUGCUGGAUCUUCAAUCAGGGCAACCGUCCUCUGUAGCCGGGAUAAGGUUCUUAGGGUUUCUUGAGGAAGAAGAAACAGCUUUCGAUGACCUUUACUGUUUAGCUUUCCAGAUGAUGGACGCUCAGUGGCUUGCCAAACGAGCUUCUUACAUGGAAUUCAACGAUGUUCUCAAAUCGACGAGAACUCAGUUGGAACUUGAAUUGGCUAUUGAGGACAUCUCGAACAUCAGAGACUUGCCUUCUUUCACUUUACUGGGGAGAUAAUCUCCAUCUUCCUCUUUUUUGUCUCUUUUUAUUUCUUCCCGUACUUAUAUAUGAUUCUUGGAAAUUCAUAUACGAAUAUGUAACUUUUUCUCGAGGAAAAGUUAUUUGCUAACACAUGCAUUGAUGCAUAUACAAUAAGCUCAUUACAUC